CUAGUAUUGACCACAACAUCGUGAUCUUUCUAGUUGGCAUUACUGUAUAAAUAUUUAUCGGAAUCACGUAUGGAGCCAAGCGUUGGCAGCUGGAUGUGAAAACAAUGCCAUGACAUAAUCCAGGGACUUGGCUCCGCAAAUAAAACACCGCGCCAACCUUGGGGGUGACCUAGACCCCGCUUGCCUUGUAUCCGUCCUAACGUUUGGCUACUGGCUACGUACCUACGAGAUAUUAUUUCGUGCUGACAUAUUCUACAACUCUCUUCACACAUCUGCGUUUUGCUAGCUACCGUUACUUGCUUCAUGGCUCGAGUUGUUGCAUCUUAUCACUGCGUUACCGUCACACAGCACAUGUCGUUCAGCUAAUACUCUUCGAACAUGGCACCUACACCACCAGGGCCCAGCAGCCCAGAUCCGGCAACUCCACGACCUGAUCAGUCUCCUUCGCCCUCAAUUAGAACCCAAACCCCAAAUCUUCAUGCGCCAGCGCGUCCAAGCCAACUGCGUGAAGCGCAUACGCUCUCUUCGUCGCCAGACCAGGGAGUGAGUAAGCCGGGCGAUGGCAUUGGCGGUGUUGACGGCAACAGCGAUAACAACAGCAACGACCAAUCCCCUCCUAGUACCACCACCCCUACCGCUGGACAGACCGGCCCGCAGACAAAAGACAAAGAUACCGCCUCCAGUUCCCCAGAAGUUCAAAGCCAAUCUAGCCCGUCGCACUCCAGAGAGCCGAGAAACUGGCUCGGUCGCCCUCCAAAGCUGGCUCGAGAUGUUUCACGAGAGUCCACACCAUUGCUACAGAGACCACUAGAGAUUUCAUCAGAACGGGCACAUGAAGGGCCUUGCGACCAUGGGACUUUUAGCCCUAAUAUGAUAAGCAGACCAGCAAGCAUUAAAAGCCAAGAGACAACAGACUCCGCUAGAGACAGAGGCUUCUUUCGUAGUGUUGCAGCGGGAAUUGCACCGUCGAAUAAUGCAAAGAGGAAUACAACUGCAAGGCUAGCAGAAGAGCAUGGGUUAACACUGAACAAAACUAUGUACGUGACAUAUUAUGUCCCAUUUUUUGCUUGGAUACAGCAAUAUAAGUGGGCGUACGUGCGCGGAGAUCUUAUCGCUGCAAUCACUGUGGCAUCGUUUUACAUCCCGAUGGCACUCUCGUUAGCCGCUAACUUGGCCCAUGUGCCCCCGAUCAAUGGCCUCUACUCCUUCGUCUUCACCCCUCUGAUAUACGCAUUCCUCGGCAGCUGCCCGCAAAUGGUAGUAGGGCCCGAGGCCGCUGGUUCGCUCCUCGUUGGCUCCAUUGUGAGCUCUACCACGGACGUCGGGCAUGAAGAUGGCGUGGCGCAGGCGCAGGUGGCUGGCUUGGUGACGGGUCUGGCUGGUGCAAUAAUUUUUAUCGCUGGCAUGACUAGACUGGGCUUUUUGGAGAAUGUGCUUAGUCGCCCUUUCAUGCGCGGCUUCAUCUCAUCAGUUGGCUUCAUUAUCUUGAUUGACCAAUUGGUUGAGGAGAUGGGCCUUGGGAGGAUUGCGAAGGAAGCUGGAGUGACGCAUGGAAGCAGUGUCGAGAAGCUGGGAUUCCUGUUUUCGCAUUUUAACGACGCACAUAAGCUAACAUGUGCUGUUGCGGGUGGGAGCUUUCUUAUCAUCAUGAUAUGCAGGGAAAUCAAGAGACGACUUCAACCUCGGUACCCUAAUGUCGCAUAUAUCCCGGACCGCUUCCUUGUCGUGGUUCUCUCUGCCGUCCUCUGUUAUCAAUUUGGCUGGGACCAACGCGGCCUCAAAGUUCUUGGCGACAUUAAGUCUGCAGCUGGCGGGAACUCUUUCCCAUUCCGCUGGCCUUUCCGGACCUCGAAUAUGAAACACAUUCGUGAUUCUUUUGGGACGACCUUUGUGAUCGCUCUUCUCGGGUUCUUUGAAUCUACAGUGGCGGCGAAGGCACUCGGCGGUGGAGAGAGUAAGAAAGGCGAUGGAAUUCAAGGCAUCCAAUUGAGCGCGAACCGCGAGCUUAUCGCGUUGGGAUUUGCAAACCUGGUUAGCGGCUGCUUCAUGUCCCUGCCAGGCUUUGGAGGCUACGGGCGAAGUAAAGUCAAUGCGUCAACUGGGGGGAAGACUCCGAUGAGCAGCAUCUUUCUAAGCCUCAUCACUAUUAUCUGCAUUCUGUUUCUUUUGCCAUACUUCUACUAUCUACCUAGAGCGGUCUUGUCUUCUAUGAUUACUGUCGUCGCCUGGAGUCUUAUAGAAGAAGCCCCUAGCGACAUAAGAUUCUUCUGGCGUAUCCGAGCGCUUCCGGAGCUUGCUCUCAUGGCCAUCAUUUUCUUGUCGACAAUCUUCUACUCCCUUACCUUCGGUAUUGCAAUUGGAGUUGGUCUCUCGCUCUUGUCCGUAAUCCGCCACUCGACCCGCCCUCGCAUUCAGAUUCUGGGCAGACGACCGCACACCAACCACUUUGAAAAUGCAGAAUCCCACCCAGAUGAUUUGGAAUUUAUCGAAGGGUGCCUGAUUGUAAAGAUCCCAGAGCCUCUUACGUUUGCCAAUACUGGCGAUUUGAAGAAUCGCCUUAGGCGACUGGAAUUCUAUGGGACUACAGCUGCACAUCCUGCCCUCCCACGCGUUCGCCAGGAGUACCAUAACAAGAACAUUAUCUUCGACAUCCACGGCGUGACGGGCUUGGAUGGGAGUGGAGCACAGGUUCUAGUGGAGAUAGUGGAAGGCUACAGGCAGCGAGGCGUGCGAGUGUGGUUUUCAAGAGGACCUACGGAGGGAGAGGUGUGGGAAUUACUGGUGAGGAGUCGUAUCGUCGAGAUGAUAGGCGGUGAAACUCACUAUGUCAAUGAUGUCGGAGACGCCCUGAGACUGACGGAGACCGUCGAAGGCUCCUCGUCGGGUGACGAGCAUGAGUCGAGAAUCGAGGGCUCUGGUUAGUUGCUUGGCUGGUGGGGUCGAUUGGAGUUUUGAGUUUGGGGUUUGAUUCUAGUUUUGGGUUUGAGUAAUGUUCUCCAUGUUGAAUAGCGUUGAUACCAUUAUAUUAGACAAACGGCAAGUAAAUGAGGAAUAGAAGGUAGUUGUAGAUACAAAUGGCG